AUGAUUUCGUUAGCUUCGUUAGCUAUACCAAAUUUGAAGCACGUAUGGGACACAUGGAAUGUGAGGGUAGUGAUUCUCGUAAGCCUGACACUCCAGGUCAUUUUGAUACUGGUUGCUCCCUUCAGGAAACGCACGACUAAUAAAGUAGUGAUCUUGUCCAUCUGGGUAUCCUACUUGCUGGCUGAUUGGGCUGCGAGCUUUGCUGUUGGACACAUCUCUAACGGUAGCAAAGAAUCUAAUGAUCCCUGUGAUAAGGAAGAUUUUAUUACUAGUGUACACUACUUCUUCUCCAGCGGUAAAGAAAAAGUCUCUAGUUGCAGUGUUAAGGGAGACGCAUUGUCCAUGAAUUAUGUUGACAUUUUAGCAUUUUGGGCUCCCUUCCUUUUGGUACACCUGGGUGGACCGGACACUAUCACUGCAUUUGCCCUUGAAGAUAAUGAGCUCUGGCUUAGGCACUUAUUCAGCCUCGGAGUCCAACUUGUGGUGACUUUGUACGUCUUCUGGCUCACAUUUCCUAAAAACAAGCUAUUGAUCCCAACAUUAUUGAUGUUUGCGGCUGGAAUCAUCAAAUAUUUUGAGCGGACACGUGCCUUGUUUCUUGCAAGCUUGAGUAGGUUCCGAAAAUCUCUGCUCAAAGAUCCUGAUCCGGGUCCCAACUAUGCGAAGCUCAUGGAGGAAUACUCUUCAAAGAAAGAAGCCGGACUACCAACAACAAUAGAAAUGACACGAGAGCCUAGUAAAGAAUCAAAGCUUGCAGCUAAUGUGAAAGAAGGAAAAUUAACAGAAGUUGAAGUGGUGACAUAUGCUUACCACUACUUCCAAAGAUUCAAGGGACUCAUCGUUGACAUUAUCUUCAGCUACCGUGAGCGAAACGAAAGCCGAGACUUUUUCCUGAUCAGAAAUGCAACAGAUGCGCUUAAAUUGAUAGAGUUAGAACUCAACUUCAUCUAUGAAGCUUUCUAUACCAAGGUCCUUGUUGUGCAUAGUUUAACCGGAUACAUAUUCAGGCUUAUAUCCAUUGUUUUGGUUUUGGUGGCCUAUGGACUCUUCUAUUCCUUGGACAAGCAUGAUUUCAAGAAGUUUGAUAUCAUUGUCACCUACACUUUGCUGUUUGGUGCCAUUAGCCUGGAUGUAAUUGCUCUCAUCAUGCUCAUUUCAUCUGACUGGACUAUUGCUGUUAUCAAUACCAAUAAGACACUAGCAAAAUACGUUCCGAAGUUUGUCGAAAAAUAUCUUCACUUAAAGAGUUUAAGGUGGUGUACAGGCUCUGACAAAUUUGAAGUAUUGAAUACGCCACGUAUUCUUCGCAGGUGGUCUGAAUCUGUGUCAAGUUUUAAUUUGAUAGCAUAUUGCCUCGAGCAACGUCCACAUGAAGACAGAGGGCGUUUUAGGCGUUUCAUGGAUAAAUUGGAUUAUUUUUCUGUUUGGGACACUGUAGCUGACUUCUUAUUUCCAAAAACAUAUCUGUAUCCAACAAAGAAACUCCCUAAAAAUCUAUGGAGCUUUAUAUUUGAUGAGUUGAAAGAGAAAUCCAAAGAAGCCGGAGAUGAUGCAGAAACUACCAAGAAGAUAUGCUCAGCUAGAGGUGCUUAUGCUAUUAAAGAAGGAUUUUGGAAUUUCGACCUUCCUAAAAUAGCAGAAAACUAUAUUGAAAAUAUUACCUAUGAUGAGAGCCUUCUGUUGUGGCACGUUGCUACUGAUCUCUGCUUUCAGAAACCCCAACAAGACAAAAACGCAACCGAAGGAGUAGAUGAGGACCGUCAUUACAGCAAGCUCCUCUCAGAUUACAUGAUAUAUCUUUUAGUGAAGCAGCCUAAUAUGAUGUCCGCGGUGGCUGGAAUAGGGCAAAUAAGAUAUCGGGAUACCUGUGCCGAAGCUGUAAAAUUCUUUACCAGAAGGGGUAUAAAACAUGAUCAGGGAAAAGCCUGUAAUGCCAUCUUAGCAGUGGAUACUGAAGUUAAACCUGUUUAUGUAAAGGGGGAUAGAAGCAAAUCUGUACUGUUUGAUGCAUCUAUGCUGGCCGAAGAGCUGGAAAAACUGGAACCGGAGCUGAGGUGGAAGAUAAUCAUCAAAGUAUGGGUGGAAAUGUUGUCAUAUGCCGCUAGUCAUUGCAGACCAGCUACCCAUGCACAACAAGUAAGUAAAGGAGGACAGCUUAUUUCUUUUGUUUGGUUACUCAUGGCUCAUUUUGGCCUUGGGGAGCAGUUCCAAAUCAAUGAGGGCCAUACUAGGGCCAAGCUGAUUGUAGGUAAGUAG